AUAUUUCAUUCAGUUGUGUAAAGAUGAAGUCUGGGGAGUUAGAAAAGCGUGUGCUGAUGUGUUCAUGGAUGUGUCUCUGGGUUGCUCAUUAUUAUCAAGACAAGAGAGACUCACUCCAGUCUUCUUACACUUACUCAAGGAUGACUCAAGAUGGGUACGUAAAGCUGCUUAUCAGUACUUAGGUCCGUUCAUAUCAACAUUCUACACUCCACCCACUGAACAAUCAGUAACAGACGCAUCAAUACAACCACUCUCUGAAUCAGAACUAUUAGACAACUCGUUGAUAGGAGUGGGUGGAGCCUUGCCGCUCGUAACAUCCACGACUUCCUCAGACACUCAAACUGUGACGAGUGUCGUUUCGGAGGUAACCACGCCCACAAAAGGGGCGGAGCCACACAUACUAUCGCCACUAAUGAUAUUCCACACUCCGCCUAAGAGCAAUCCUUCUUUAUCAUCACCGACCGAGACAAACGAAUUCAAUACCUUCCAAUUUUGGCGACCGCCGAUUUCGACCCUUCCCCCCUUAAAAGGGGAGGCCAGUAAUGGAGGAACUGGGACUAAAGACGUGGGAGCGGGUCAAAGGGACAAUGAUGCGUUGAGUGUGGAUUUAUUUGGGGGCGGGGUCGCUGGAGGAGAUGAGAUAACGAGACGAGGUGAGGGGGAGGAGCUUGAUGAUGAUGAUGAUGAUUCCGACGGACUUAACGAUAUUAAGGAUGAGUUGUUAGCAGAGUCUGAAGGAGGCAUGGCUAGUAAUAAUGGGGGCGUGGCUAGUGGUGAUGGGGGCAUGGCUAACGAGUUUACGAGUAAAUUGAAAUUGAUAGAGUCUCCGAUUGGGUCUGUGCCAAACGGGUUUCCAACGGUUCGUGUUUUCAUUCAAAGUGCUAAUGGUCAGAUUCAUGAAGAACAGACCAUGACGGGUGGAUCAGGGGGCAGGACCUAUGGUUGUCAUAGCAACAGCACCCCGUUCAACAGGAUGGACGUCACUAGUCAAUCCACUGCCAUGGACAUGACUACAGUAUUUGAUAAUAACACCACUAUUAAUAAUGAACCAUACUUUACAGCUGGACUGGAACAGGAGAUAGUCCCAGAUGAGCUGAUAGAGAUGUACCUAGGUAUGGUGGACCUGAACAAGACCCAGAGUGUUGAUGUGGACCUCCCCCUCUACUGUGCCUUCUCAUUCCCUGCAGUACUACAAACCCUGGGACCCAACCACUGGUCACUACUUAAACCAACCUUUGAUAUACUCUCCACUGACAUGCAGUGGAAGAUCAGGCGGGUCCUAGCUCACAGUAUCCAUGAGAUAGCUCAGAUGUUAGGGUCCAAUAGAACAGUCUCUGAUCUGUUGUCUGUAGUGAAUGAGUAUGCUACAAAGGACCUUGAUGAUGUGAAGACUGGAGUACUGGCUCAUCUAUCGGAGUUCUUUGAGAUGUUACCCUCUGAUGUUAGAAAGGAGAACUUCCCCUCUAUAUUAAAUGGGAUCCUGGACACUGAGAAUGAGAAGAACUGGAGAUACAGGGACUCACUGGCAGAGUAAGUGUACUUGUACAUGUACCCUCUUCUUUAUACUGUGGCUCUUAUUUUGGAAUUGUAUUUUGUGGCUUUCACAGAUCAGACCAUGUGCCAUAUUUUGUAUAAAUAAAGUAAUUUGUUUUUUAUCUUUUACAUGUAUAUUGUGGGUCUUAUUUUGAGGGGAUUGUGUUUCUUGUACUUCGCG